CUUCUACAAAUGACAUCCGGAACUAUCCGAAAAGGCUGCGGAAAAUAAGGAUGCGGGGAGGACCCGAAUGUCCAAUGCAACGACAAUGGAAAAGUGGUUUAACUUUCUUGGAAAGGUACUCGAGGAUGAAGGGCUGAAAAACUUACCAGACAGGAUUUAUAAUUGUGACGAGACCGGUUGGUCUGGAAAGGAAGCGGGAAAAGCCAAAGUUGUUGGGAGAAAAGGUGGCCACACAUUUAAACAAAAAAUGGGAGUGUCAAGCCACAUCACGGCACACUUGUGCGUAUGCGCGGAUGGCAGAUUUCUUCCAACCAUGUUGAUAUUUCAGGGGUCUUUACCACAUAGGGAGUUCAAGGAUGGCCUUCCGUCAUCAUGGCUGUAUGCCUCCAGUGAAAGUGGAUAUAUGGACGGGGACUUGUUUCUGGCCUGGUUCAAAUCCUGCUUUCUGAAAUAUUGUACCAAAGAAAGACCAGUUUGCUUAAUCAUGGAUAAUCAUGAUUCUCAUAUUACUUUACCACUUGUGAAAGCAGCCAAAGAGAACAAUGUCAUUUUGAUAGGUCUUCCUGGUCACACUACGCAUAUUUUGCAGCCAUUAAACGUCAAGAUCAUUGGUCCGUUGAAAAGCAGAUGUGCCACAAUUGCUGAAAGGUGUGGUUUUGUUAACAACAGUUUCAACAUAAGCAAGGCAAGAUUCCCACUAAUUCUGAAUUAUGCUAUAGACCAGACAACCCCGUCAUCUGUCAAAGAAGCAUUUCGGGCAACUGGCAUAUGCCCAUUGGAUGGAAGUGCUAUUGAUAAGUCACAAAUAGUACCUGCUACAUUUGCAAAACCAACAACUGCUACAGAGGAAAAUAAUGAUGAUAACGAUGCAAGAACAUGUCCAACGUGUGGAGCUUUUGCUGCGAAUCCAUUAGUGCAGCAAGGUCUGGUACCGCAGCAUUUGGCUGAUGUUCUAAUGCCAACACCAUCACAGCCCUUAUCAAGCCAGAAGAAGAAAAGAGUUGUUGCCGAAGGGCGUGUGAUAAGUGGUGAUGAGAUUCUUCAUAAAUUGAAGGAUGAAAAGGAGAACAAGAAAAAAGAAAUAAAUAUUAUGAAAAAAAAAUCUGGCGACGUACAAGGCACUCUAAAGUUGAAAAAGCACAUUGUGUCAGGACAAAAGUCGAGUGCAGAAAAGGCUGUCAUCACAAGAGACAAAGGUCUUGCUAGCGUCAUAUAUACAUGUGGUGUGUGCGAUGUGCGUGGAAGGAAGGAUGAUGAGGUGAAUAGGAUUGAGUGGGUGGGAUGUGAUGAGGAGAUGUGCCUGUCAUGGUUUCAUUUGGAUUGUUUGAGCGAAAGUGAACGGGAAUAUGUGCGCGAGAGUUUGGCAGAUGAUACUGACUGGUAUUGUAAAAUGUGUAAACCCUGGUUGUAUGAGGAAGAAUAA